AUGCGGCCCCCCGUGCACCAGCUGUUGGCUGGCCUGUGCAUGGGGGUGGUCUUGGGCUGGGUAGGAGGCUCAGCCCCCAGCCUGGGCCCAGCUGAACAGGAGCAGAACCACUACCUGGCCCAGCUGUUUGGCCUGUACGGCGAGAACGGGACACUGACGGCAGGGGGCCUGGCCAGGCUCCUCCACAGCCUCGGGCUGGGCCGAGUUCAGGGGCUCCGCCUGGGACACCACGAGUCUCCGACCGGGCGGGCUGCACCCCCAAAUGGCGACAAUUUCACACACAGACUACAGGAACCGGAGCUGAGUGUUCAUGUCUGGGCAGGAAUGCCUCUGAGUCCUUCAGGCUGGGGUGACUUGGAGGAGUCAAAAGCCCCUGACCUGCCCCACGAGCCAGGGCCCUCGGGCCUAGACCUCUUUCACAGGCUUCUGCUGCUGGACCAUUCUUUGGCUGACCACCUGAAUGAAGAUUGUCUGAAUGGUUCCCAGCUGCUGGUCAACUUUGGCCUGAACCCUGUUGCUCCUCUGACCCCUCGUCAGUUUGCUCUGCUAUGCCCAGCUCUGCUUUACCAGAUUGACAGCCGUGUUUGCAUCAAGACUGCAGCUCCAGCACCUCCAGGAGAUGUACUGUCUGCCCUGCUUCACAGUGCCCUGGCGGUCCUGCUGCUCAGCCUCCCUGCUCCCCUCUCCCUGCUGCUGCUGAGGCUCCUGGGACCUCGUCUGCUGCAGCCUGUGCUAGGUUUCCUGGGGGCCCUGGCCGUGGGCACUCUUUGUGGGGAUGCAUUGCUACACCUGCUGCCUCACGCGCGAGGAGGGCAGCACACAGGACCUAAUGAGCAACCAGAAGAGGACCUGGGUCCGGGGCUGUCGGUGCUUGGUGGCCUCUUUCUGCUCUUCGUGCUUGAGAAUGUGCUAGGACUGGUGCGGCACCGAGGGCUCAGGCCAAGAUGCUGCAGGCACAAAAGGGAUCUUGGAGAAUCGAACCUUGACCCAGAGGAUGGCAGUGGGAUGGUCCUUCGACCCUUACAGGCAGCUCCAGAGCCAGAGGUUCAGGGUCAGAGGGAGAUCAGCCAGUCCCCACCAGCUCCAGCCCCUCCUGGGCACCGAGGCCACAGUCAUGAGCACCAGGGUGGCAGCGGCACCAACAUUGCAUGGAUGGUCCUUCUGGGAGACGGCCUGCACAACCUCACGGACGGGCUCGCAUUAGGUGCUGCCUUCUCUGCCGGCUUCUCCAGCGGCCUCAGCACCACCCUGGCGGUCUUCUGCCACGAGCUGCCCCAUGAACUGGGUGACUUUGCGAUGUUGCUUCAGGCAGGGCUGUCCUUCCGGAGGCUGCUGCUGCUGAGCCUCGUUUCUGGAGCCCUGGGACUGGGGGGUGCGGCCCUCGGGGUGGGGCUCAGUUUGGGCCCUGUCCCCCUCACUCCGUGGGUGUUUGGGGUCACAGCUGGGGUCUUCCUCUACGUGGCCCUUGUGGAUAUGCUGCCAGCCCUGCUCCGGCCUGCCGAGCCCCUGCCUGUGCUCCACGUCCUCCUGCAGGGGCUGGGUCUGCUGCUGGGGGGCAGCCUCAUGCUUACUAUAGCCCUGCUGGAGGAACAGCUACUGCCCGUGGUUCCUGAUGGCUGA